UGUUCCAGCCUAUAGUGAGGAAGACUACUGCGGAUAUUACGGCUAUUUCUACAGAACAGAUAAACAAACAUGUGAAUUUAUAGAGACAUUUACUUAAAGAAAAUUAAUUCGUCCCUCAUCCUAUAAAUUUUCUUCAAAUUUGUCGUAGCGUCGACACUUUCUAGUGCGUUCGGUGAAAGAAAAUAAUCUCUUCUUUCGAGCUAACGUUACACGAAGUUGUCUUGCCAAAAGAAGGACGAUGGGCUUUACAUCAUUCUUCAUCUGACUGCUGUCAGAGACAGGUGUCUGUGUUCAUCCCCAAAAGCCAAAGGGAGACUGUCAGGACUGUGAUUCAUUUCCUCCUAAGUUCUCUUGAAUUGGACGUCUAAAGUCAUGGCUUGGGCUCUGAAACUGCCCCUGGCCGAUGAGGUGAUUGAGUCUGGUCUGGUCCAGGACUUUGAUGCCAGUCUGUCAGGGAUCGGCCAAGAGCUCGGAGCUGGUGCUUACAGCAUGAGUGAUGUGCUAGCUCUCCCCAUCUUUAAGCAGGAGGAAUCUAAUUUACCUCCGGAAAGUGACAAUAAGAUCCUUCCCUUCCAGUAUGUACUGUGUGCCGCGACCUCCCCUGCCGUCAAAUUACAUGAUGAGACACUCACCUACCUCAAUCAAGGACAAUCUUAUGAGAUUCGAAUGCUGGACAAUCGAAAAAUGGAGGAGCUUCCUGAGAUCAAUGGGAAAAUGGUGAAGAGCAUCAUCCGGGUUGUGUUUCAUGAUCGCCGUCUUCAGUACACUGAACACCAGCAGCUGGAGGGCUGGCGCUGGAACAGGCCCGGAGACAGGAUCCUUGAUUUAGAUAUCCCGAUGUCAGUGGGGGUGGUCGAUCCCAGGGCAAACCCUACACAACUCAACACAGUGGAGUUCCUCUGGGACCCCUCGACAAGGACCUCUGUGUUUAUUCAGGUCCACUGUAUAAGCACAGAGUUCACCAUGCGCAAGCAUGGAGGUGAGAAGGGAGUGCCGUUCCGUAUUCAAAUUGACACUUUCAAGGAGAAUGAGGCUGGGGAGUACACCGAGCAUCUGCACUCCGCCAGCUGCCAAGUCAAGGUUUUUAAGCCUAAAGGUGCGGACAGAAAGCAGAAAACGGACAGAGAAAAAAUGGAGAAACGAGCACCGCAGGAAAAGGAGAAAUACCAGCCUUCAUAUGAAACCACCAUUCUCACUGAGUGCUCUCCAUGGCCUGAGAUUACAUAUGUCAACAAUUCCCCAUCACCAGGUUUCAACAGCUCCCAAAACAGCUUUCCUGUGAUCGAAGGAAAUGGUUCACCCACUCUCCAGCCGGAGCCUGUGGCACAGUUAGCUGAUUUGUCGUCCCACCUAUUUAGAAGAGAGAGUGAAAGCAAUCAGAAUCUGUUGCCCACAGCAACACCACAGGAAGCACAGCAGUGGCUCCAUAGAAACCGUUUUUCACCAUUCUGCCGUCUCUUCUCAAACUUCUCGGGGGCCGAUCUGCUAAAACUGACCCGAGAGGAUGUCAUCCAGAUCUGUGGACCUGCUGAUGGCAUUCGGCUGUUUAAUGCACUCAAAGGACGGGUGGUCCGUCCAAGGCUCACCAUCUAUGUGUGCCAGGAGUCCCAACAGACUCGUGAACAGCACCAGAAACAUGAGAACGGAGACGGGUCUAGCAACACAUUCUUCGUGUAUCAUGCCAUCUAUCUGGAGGAGUUAACAGCUGUGGAACUGACAGAAAAGUUGGCUCAGCUCUUCAGCAUCUCUCCAAGCCAGAUCAGUCAGAUCUUCAAGCAGGGACCCACUGGUAUCCAUGUGUUAGUCAGUGAUGAGAUGAUUCAGAACUUUCAAGAUGAGAUGUGUUUUGUCCUGGACACAAUGAAAGCUGAAACAAACGAUGGCUAUCACAUCAUUUUGAAGUGAAAACAAAGGAUGUGGGGGAGUGAACAGGCUCCUUGUUUUUCUUAAGAUUCAACCCAGAGCCCUUUCCGUGCACCCUUUCCCGGACGUUACCGAAGAUCGCUUGGGUUGGAAUAAUAAUGGAGGCGAUCAUGGGAAAGGAUAAAAGGCACCUUAUGCAUUUUAAAACCUUUACUGUUUUAUCCGUGGAGUGUGUGCUGCCUUGUUCCACCCCUUCCCAUUUACACUUGCAAAACAAGUUACAGAAUAUCUAUUUUACUAACUUUGCAUUUAUUUGCUUUAUUGCUGUUUUUAAAGGCAUAAAAAUAUGUUUAUUAUGUGCUACGGCCUUACUGGCUUAAACGGAGAGAACUGGCUGGCAUACAUUAUUAUUUGGUGUUGUCUGCCUGUAUGUCACCCCCCGAGAGUAUUUUAGCUGCUCAUGCUACAGUCCCAAGUUAAGUGCAGUCUACAGGGCUCAAUGAAUACAUGCUUUAUACACAACAGAAGUGGAACAUGCUUUAUAAACAACAAAAGUGGAAGUUUAUGUCGAUGUGUCACCCCAAUUUUUACAGAAAUGGUUUAGCGAAUUAUCUGGAUAUGAUCACAGAUGUUGUGAGGGAAAGGAUGUAUGAAAUUCCCUUUAUAUUCAAGAUUUUGUGGCAGAUUCACAACGAGCAGCUUGACUAAAGCAUUGCGUGAAUUAUGCUUUUCAUAAGUUAAUUGUUGAUUUCUUAAGCCUUGUGGAUGAGAGUGUGAUCGUUGGACAUGAUAUUAGGUUCAGUAGCUUUGAUCCCUGCUGAUUUUUCAGGUGUUGCUGCAAAUGCACUUCAUUUUAGAGUCAGGUGAUGAACAGCAGCAGUGGGCAUUAUAUAUGUGUGUCUUUUUUUUUUUUACAUCGUGCUUAACACCUUCUCCCUGUUUUUUCAUCAUUGCAUAUACUAGAAUAAUUUUUACAAAUGUCCGGCUUGCGAGAGUACUAUUUUAUGGUAUAAGAGAGAUCAUGAUUUAUUUUCUUUUUGUUUUAUUUUUUUGAUAUGACCACUUAUGUACUAUCUUUUCAGGUCAGGUAAAGGGGAGAAACAUUGCACUGCAUGAGAUAUGGUAACCGUGGUUAGUGCUAGACACAAACCAGACCAAGAUGGUAAAGACGUGAGGUAUUAUCUGUUGUGACCCUUUACCAUGUCAUUGCAAUUAUUAAAAUUACUUGCCUUGAAA